AAAGGUGAUUGAUUGAUUGAUGGAGCAAGGUGCGACAAACCAGCGCCAAGGGUGUUAGACCGGGAGCCACGGCUUGCGAGACUGGAGGACUCUGAUGAUAUUGAGCACUAUUUGCUGACAUUAGAGAGACUGGCAGAGGUAUACCAGUGGCCUAAAGAAGACUGGGCCAUUCACCUCAUACCGUUGCUAACUGGUAAGGCCAGAUCGGCGUUUGUUGCAAUGGACCCUUCAAGUACACAAGACUAUGAUGUAGUUAAGACCGCAAUAUUGAAAAAGUAUGAAAUCAAUGCAGAAACUUAUAGGCUGAGGUUCCGUAACCUAAACACCCCUGGGGAUGAGUCACCACAUGAGCUUUAUAUCAGACUGAAAGACCUGUUUUGCAAGUGGGUGCACUACUCCAGCAGCAAUAAAGAGGAUAUUAUGGAGGCACUUGUUCUGGAACAGUUCCUAAGAGUCUUGUACCCAGACGUGCGGACUUGGGUCAAGGAGCAUGAUCCAACCACUGCUGCUGAGGCGGCCAGACUGGCGGAGGCAUAUAUCACAGCCCGAAAAGGAACAGGAAACUUCCGCUAUGCUGGAAUCCUCCCUUCGAUCAGGGGUAAGUCUGAGGGAUUUGGGGGGGGUUCAAACUCUCAAGACAGGAUCCUAAGACUCCCACAAAGUAAAACCACUACUCCGCUUGUAGCUUCACAGAGGGUAGUUAAAGAUGAUGUUGUAUGUUAUCAUUGUGGUCAGCCAGGACAUACUAGACCUCUUUGCCCCCUGAAGAAACCCAAAACAGCAAGCCUUUGUUAUGUCCCUCAUCCAGUUCAGUCAUACCCCGGGAAAUGCAACUCACAGCCAGUUAGAUCUGUCUUGUUAAAUGGUAGACCAGUUUUAGCCUUGGUAGAUACUGGUUGUACAUAUACAUUAGUACAGCGCAGAUUUGUGCCCAGACAAGACUGGAAUGAUGUAGAGACGGUUACUGUUUGUUGUGUACAUGGUGACAACACUCCAUUGCCUACAGCAGAAGUGUAUAUAGAGGUCUUAAAUCAGUCUUAUUUGAUGAAGGUUGGAAUAGCUGAGACUCUUCCCUAUCCCAUACUCCUUGGCACAGAUAUGCCAGUGUUGGCUGAAUUACUGCAAGACACAGAAUGGUGUGGGGUAGUGACAAGGGCUCAGUCAAAGCAAGUAGUACAGACAACACUCAACCCAGACCCAGAUAAUCCAUUACAAACUUUGCCUUUUAGUUCUGCGGAUAUUGAGAGGGAGUCAGGACCAACAAAAGACAACAGGUUACAACAACGUAGAGAUUGGGUAUCAGGGUUGAUUGACACCUCAGAGCAGGCUAACGAGGAUGUUGCUGAACCUGAAUUAUGUGAGUCAGACAUUGUGAUUCCCAAUGAUCUAGCCCAGCUGCAGAGGGGAGACCCAACCCUUGCCACAUGUUUUGAACAGGUUAAGCAGAAGGAUGAUGCUGAUGUUUCACUUGAUGAUCCUUUUGUAUUAAAACAUGAACUUCUGUAUAAGCAAACUAAGGAGGGGGAUCUUCGGCUAGUUGUACCUAAAGCACAAAGAAGUGAGGUGUUGCAGUUAGGUCAUUCCAUUCCAUGGUCAGGUCAUUUAGGGUUUGCAAAGACAUGUUUGAGAAUCUCUAAAAGAUUUUAUUGGCCCAGAAUGUACACAGACAUUAAAGAAUACUGCCAGACAUGCCCUGAUUGCCAACUCACUGCUGGUCGGACUCCUGCCAUUGCACCACUAAUCCCUUUGCCUGUGAUUGAUGUACCUUUUGAGAGAAUAGGAGUAGAUGUUGUUGGACCAGUUGAGAGAAGCCAGACAGGGAACAGGUUUAUUCUAGUAAUCUCAGAUUAUGCCACAAGGUACCCUGAAGCAUAUCCCUUAAGAGAUGUUACUGCUAAGCAAAUAGCUUCAGCCUUGUUGAAAUUCUUUUCGCAAGUAGGAAUACCAAAAGAGGUUCUGACAGACCAGGGCACUAACUUUAUGAGUCACACACUGCAUCAAGUUUAUCAGCUAUUGGGCAUUAAGAGAGUACGAACAACCCCAUAUCACCCUCAGACUGAUGGUCUUGUUGAAAGGUUCAAUCAGACUCUAAAGAAUAUGUUAAAGAAGUUUGUUUCAGACUCUGGCAAAGACUGGGAUAAAUGGCUGCCGUACCUCCUUUUCGCCUACCGUGAAGUACCUCAGGCUUCUACAGGAUUCUCGCCGUUUGAACUGCUAUAUGCCCACCAAGUAAGAGGUCCUCUAGAUGUACUGAAAGAGAGCUGGGAGGCAACAGACAACCCAAAGAGAAUGAACAUCCUCACAUAUGUGAUGAAAAUGAGGGAGAAACUUCAACAGAAUACUGCCUUGGCAAGAGAAAACCUGGUAAAGUCCCAAGUACAGCAGAAACACUGGUACGACAAGAUGGCUAGAUCACGAAGCUUCGAACCAGGUGAGGAUGUCCUAUUGUUACUUCCAACAUCUGACAAUAAGCUGUUAGCAAAGUGGCAAGGCCCGUACCAGAUAAAGAAGAAGGUAGGUCCGGUGACCUAUCAAAUCGAAAUUCCCUCAAGAAACCAGCCUCUUCAAAUAUUUCAUGUGAACAUGCUGAAGAAAUGGCAUUCGCAUCGAAUUCCAGGCCAGACAGAAGAGAGCAAGGACAUUGCUAUGCUGGUGAGAGCCAUAGAGGGUGAAGAGGAAAUAGAAGAACAGUAUUUACCGUCCUGUCGCAGUGACAGCAAAUUGAAUUUACAGCACCUGACUGAAGUGCAGAGACAUCAGCUAUGGGAAUGUAUACCUGAUCAGCUGUUCAUGGAUACGCCUGGCAGAACAGACUUGGUAAAUCAUUCGAUCAUCCUCAAGGACACUAAACCUGUCCGUCAGUCUGUGUAUCGUGUGCCAGAGAAACUUCUAUCUGUUAUGAAAGAGGAAUUACAGAUCAUGAAACAACUGGGAGUUAUUGAACCAUCGUCAAGUGAAUGGAGCAGUCCUAUAGUGCUGGUGCCGAAAAAAGAUGGUACCUUGCGGUUUUGCUUGGACUUCAGGAAGCUGAACAGUAUUAGUAAAUUUGAUCCUUAUCCAAUGCCACGGGUAGAUGAGCUGGUGGAGAGGCUGGGAAGGGCGAAAUACCUAAGUACGCUGGAUCUCUGCAAGGGAUACUGGCAGGUGCCGCUGGAACCAGCGUGUAAGGAGCUUACUGCAUUCAGAACCCCCUUUGGCCACUACCAGUUCCGAGUCCUUCCUUUUGGUCUACAUGGGGCCGCGGCCACAUUUCAAAGGAUGAUGGAUAAAAUCCUCCAUGGUACAGAGGACUAUGCUGCAGCUUACCUUGAUGACAUCAUAAUAUUCAGCCAAACCUGGGAAGAACAUCUGGAGCACCUUAAAGAGGUGUUGAAUCGUAUCAAGGCUGCAGGACUAACCAUCCGCCCUGAUAAAUGUGCCCUCGCCAAGCCAGAAACCCAAUACCUGGGAUUUGUACUAGGACACGGUGUGAUCCGACCUCAGGUGGGGAAGGUGGAGGCCGUUAAAGGAGCAGGACGGCCUGUGACAAAGAAGCAGGUUAGAGCGUUUCUGGGACUUGUUGGCUGGUAUAGGAAAUUUAUUCCAAAUUUCUCAGCCAGGGCAAUAAACCUAACAAACUUGACAAAGAAGAGCCAACCCAACAAUGUAGUAUGGACGGAGGACUGUGAAAAAGCCUUUGAAGACUUAAAGAAUGCACUAUGUCAGGAACCAGUUCUUCAGAGUCCUGACUUUGGGAAGCCAUUCACAGUACAGACUGAUGCCUCACAACAUGGCGUUGGUGCUGUACUCCUUCAAGAGGAAGAAGGUCAACUCAAGCCGAUUGUAUACAUCAGUAGGAAACUCCUGCCCAGAGAGGUAAACUAUUCCACUGUUGAAAAGGAGUGCCUUGCUGUUAAGUGGGCCCUGGACUCUUUAAGGUAUUAUUUGCUUGGACGAAAAUUUCGGUUGGAGACUGAUCACAGAGCAUUGGCCUGGUUAGGCCGCAUGAGGGACACUAAUGCUCGCAUUACUAGGUGGUUUCUGGCCAUGCAGCCGUUUGACUUUGAGGUGCUGUAUAGAUCAGGGUCACAGAAUUACACCGCAGACUUUCUCUCGAGGACACCACAGUCGGUGUCUGGAGAGGGAGGGGUAAAUGUCACAGUGGGGCACUGUGACUAG